GCGGCUGCCGGGUCUGUUUUAAUUCCUCUCCUUUCGUUGUUUGUGUAGCGGGGCCACCCCCGUUCCCGGCCUGGGGUCGCGGAGUGCCCUGAACUAGGGCGCCUCGCUGGGGUCUGUGGGCUGGUGGUGGGACCCUGGUGUCUCUAAAGGCCUUUCUCCCGAGAAACGGUCACGGAGAGAGCGUCCCCAGUACUCCCCGGGUCACCGGGGGAAACUUCGGUCUUUCCUAACUUCAGAACUUGGGGACCCGAGACCUUGGCUGCGCCCGACCUGGUUCUGUCCGGCUCUCUGUAACUUUCUGCUGUUCUGAAAAAUACAAAGGGUUCUCCUUUGGUCACCUAUCACUGCAUCCAUGGCUGCCAUGCAGAUGGACCCUGAGCUUGCCAAGAGCCUCUUCUUUGAAGGGGCCACUGUAAUCAUCCUGAAUGUGCCCAAGGGGACAGAGUUUGGCAUUGACUACAACUCCUGGGAGGUGGGGCCCAAGUUCCGGGGUGUGAAGAUGAUUCCACCAGGCAUCCACUUCCUCCACUACAGCUCAGUGGACAAGGCCAAUCCCAGGGAUGUAGGCCCUCGUAUGGGCUUCUUCCUUUGCCUGCAGCAGCGGGAGCUGACGGUCCUGCGCUGGAACUCAGUCCGAGAAGAGGUAGACCUUUCCCCAGCCCCAGAGGCUGAGGUGGAGGCCAUGAGGGCCAACCUCCAGGACCUAGACCAGUUUCUGGGACCUUACCCAUAUGCCACGCUCAAGAAGUGGAUCUCACUCACCAACUUCAUCAGUGAGGCAACAAUGGAGAGACUGCAGCCUGAGAGCCGGCAGAUCUGUGCCUUCUCAGAGGUGUUGCCUGUGCUUUCCCUGAAGCACACCAAGGACCGGGUGGGGCAGAAUCUACCCCGCUGUGGCACCGAGUGCAAAAGCUACCAGGAAGGCCUGGCCCGGCUGCCUGAGAUGAAGCCCAAAGCCGGGACAGAGAUCCGCUUCUCAGAGCUGCCCACACAGAUGUUCCCAGCAGGUGCCACGCCAGCAGAGAUAACCAGGCACAGCAUGGACCUGAGCUAUGCCCUGGAGACUGUGCUCAGCAAGCAGUUCCCCAGCAGCCCCCAGGAUGUACUCGGUGAACUUCAGUUUGCCUUUGUAUGCUUCCUGCUGGGGAAUGUGUACGAGGCUUUCGAGCACUGGAAGCAGCUCCUGAACCUCCUGUGCCGCUCAGAGGAAGCCAUGGUGAAGCACCACACUCUCUACGUCAACCUCAUCUCCAUCCUGUACCACCAGCUCGGCGAGAUCCCCCCCGACUUCUUUGUGGACAUUGUCUCCCAGAACAACUUCCUCACCAGCACGUUACAGGUUUUCUUUUCCUCUGCCUGCAGCAUUGCUGUGAAUGCCACCCUGAGGCAGAAAGCUGAAAAGUUCCAAGCUCACUUGACCAAGAAAUUUCGGUGGGACUUUGCAGCGGAGCCGGAGGACUGCGCCCCGGUGGUUGUGGAGCUCCCCGAAGGGGUGGAGACGGGCUAACUGGGAGUGCUCUCGGCUGGGAAGACACCUUCCCACACAGCUGCAGCCUGACCUGUCCGCUCACCCCUCGUCCUGGACCUGCCGGGGCAGCAGCCCCACCAGGUUCUGCAGAGACGGAGCCAGAAUUCCCUCCUUCACCACCACAUGCAUCCUUUAGUGCCAAAGAGGCUGUACCAUCCUGAAGGCACGUGCGUGAGCUCCCCAUCAGCCUGGCCUUGGUGCUAACCUGACUGACUUCCAGAUGGACUCUUACAGAAGCUCUUGGGAGAGACCUGCCUCAGCAGCAACCUACUUCCUUCUGGAUGAGAACUGAUUGCGUAUUCCACAGGAUGAUUAGAAAGAAAGAAACCCUGGACUGCCGAGGGGUCUGCGAUGUCCGUUGGUGACUUUUAAGUUAAGCAGAGGGCAGAGGGAGAUGAGCCAGAAUUUCA